GUUCGUAUGUAGAAAGAAUGAAGGCCGACAUUCUAAUCUUUGCCUGCCUCGCUUUGCGCAGUCUUACAAUAGUUGGUGGUAUGGAUGAGCAUGAACAUAUUCAUUAUACUACUCCUACAAUUCAGCGACCCCAUCCUUUGCACCCUACAAGACCAGAAAGCGAUAUUUUGAUACAAAAAGUGGUGAGUGGAAUUCGUGUAGAUUGGAAUAUAGUUUUUGGAGAACUCCUACCUGAUCAAAACCUUGUAAAAUGCAAUGGUCCAUAUGGGCACGUUACUGUAAAAAUCAGUGAUGGAAAAAUCUUAUAUGCAUGUCUUGAAGCCGGCCCUACUUAUGAUCAUCAUAGGGCCAAUGAGCAUUAUGAAGGUGUUAACGAAACAUACUACUGUUAUGUGAGAGUAUUAGAAGGGUAUAAUGUGGCAGGAUAUCUUACGCAUGGAAAUGAAAAACGUCAAGAGAUUGGAUACCCAACCGGGCACGUUCAUUACAUACAGAAGAAUAAAAUUGAUGUCCAGGGAGAUUUAUAUAUUACAAACGAAUAG